CUCGUUCACGAAAAUUUGAUGAAAUUCGAACCAUUCUGAGCGCUGAUUUUUUGGUCUUUUCAAGAUCUUUUUUCGUUUGCCAGAGCAUGGCGACUUCAGUUUCUAUACAAACCAAAACAAUGCACAAUUCUACCGGGAGAAAGCCCAAGGAUUCCCAUGAAAAGGCACAUACACAUGGACGGGUUAUUGUUGAAAGAUCUUUACCUGCCGAGGGAUUUUCUACUAAAUCGAGGCUUAAAAACUCCAAGGUAAAAAACCCUCCUCCAGUGGGAGCAUUUAAAGAAAGACCAGCCUCACCAACAAACUUCAGGAAAUGCUAUGACCGAGGUGACUUUCCAAUCGCUUUAGAACAUGACACCAAAGGAAACAAGAUCGCAUGGAAGGUUGAGAUUGAAAAGCUUGACUACCACCACUACCUUCCACUCUUCUUCGAAGGUCUCUCUGAAACGUCACAUCCUUAUGAGUUCUUUGCUCGUCAAGGAGUCCACGAUAUGUUAGAGCAUGGAGGAAACAAAAUCUUACCUGUAAUUCCACAGCUUAUUAUUCCCAUCAAGAAAGCUUUAAACACCAGAAAUCCUAAAGUGAUCUGCACAACACUGAAGACUCUUCAAAGUCUGGUAUUGUCUGGGGAUCAUGUCGGCGAGGCUUUGGUUGCUUACUAUCGACAAAUCUUACCCAUUCUCAACCUCUUCAAAAACUGGAACAUCAAUUCUGGUGAUGGCAUUGACUACAGUCAACAAAAGAGAGAAAACAUUGGAGAUCUUAUCAAUGAGACACUUGCAAAAUUUGAGCAGCAUGGUGGGCCAGAUGCAUUCAUCAACAUAAAAUAUAUGAUACCUACUUAUGAGAGCUGUAUGCUGAAUUAAAAUAUUAAUAGUUUAUUGCUCUAUAUUGCUUGCUUUCAUUUCAAAGCAAUUAUUGCUUUUUGUAAAUAGAGAAUUAUGUUAUAACUUGCAGAAUGCUAGAAAGGUAUAACAGUAUAUUAAUGUAUAGCUAUUGACAAGGUGCUUAGAAGAAUCUAUAAAGUUACACAAUAUUUAUUUUAGCUUUUCAUUUUGUUGCUCUAGAUUUUUAUCUGAUUUUAAUAACUUCUUUGAUAAUUACUGAAUCCUGUAUUGGCUCCUUUUCACAUUUCCAAGUACCAACUUAAAAGUUAACAAUUUGCAGCCGGACAACUGUCUCUCAUGAUUAUUCGCUUGAAUUGGUGAUCAUCGUUUUCACUGAGGGAUGUGCUUCUCGUUUCACUUUUUUUCACACAGAAUGGUUCAUGAAAGAUUUAAACUGCAUUGAGAGAUAUCCCACAUGGUAGAAAGAAAAUUGUUUGACAAGGUGGGGUAUGUCUGAAUGUUCUUUACUUACUGUACUGACCGACUUCUACUUAUAGUGGAGUUCACCAAUGUUCAAUAAACAAUUGCAAACAAUAAACUUCAAAGUAAAACUG